AUGGCCCAGGAAACCUUCGCCUUCACCUCCUCUGCCCUGCGCUCGCUGCGGCUCCAGCGGGAGCUGCUGGAGCAGGAGGAUCGCCGGCGAGCCCUGGCUCGGGAAACAGCCACGCGACGCUUCUUGCCAGCGAGCCCCCGGCCCCCCCUGACCCCACCCCGGCGGCCCCAGUACUGCCGGGACCCCGCCGUCCACAACGCCCUGUACACCGGGGACCUCCUGCGCAUCAAGAGCAUCUUUAAGGACGAGACCACUGCGAACCUGAUCAUGGAGACGGUCAGCGAGGAGCUGGUGUGGUCGCCCGAGCAGGGGCUGUGGGUGCUGAGCCCCCGCCGGCAGCAGACGUCGGCGCUGCGCAUCGCCGCCGGCCGGGGCUAUGGUGACUGCGCCCGGCACCUGCUGCUGCGGGGGGCGGAGGUGGACGCGGUGGUGGGGGGCCGGGCCCCCCUGCACGACAGCGUGGCCGCCCCCCGCCCCGACUGCACCCGCCUGCUCCUGGCCUUCGGGGCCGACCCCAACCUGCUCAGCGCCGAGGGCUCGGCCCCCCUGCACCUCUGCACCACGCCCGACAGCCUGCCGUGCGCGGAGCUGCUGCUGGCGCACGGGGCGCGGGUGAACCUGGGGACGCGGGACCGGCAGCUGACGGCCCUGCACGUGGCGGCGCGGCAGGGGCUGGUGGCCCACGUGGAGCUGUACCUGCAGCAUGGCGCCGACCCCGCCCGCCGCAGCCGCCAGGGCGAGACCCCCCUCAACGCCGCCUGCGCCGCCGCCGAGCGCCCCGAAGACGCCGAGCGUUACUACCGGGUGGCCGAACGGUUGCUGGCGGCCGGCGCCGACCCCAGGGCCGCCGGCCGCAAGGACCACACGCCGCUGCACAACGCUUGCGGCAACGGGCAGCCCCGGCUGGCGCGGCUGCUGCUGCGCCACGGGGCCGAUGCCACCGUCCCCAACUGUGCCGGCUACACCCCCAUGGACUGCGCCCUCCACGCCGUCGAGGAGUACCGGCACCAGCGCCCCGAGCAAACCAUCGCCCUCCUCCUCGACCACGGCGCUGGCCCCGUCCACCCCAAGAUGCUCAAGUUCUGCUGCCGGCACCCGCCGGCGCUGGAGGUGGUGCUCAACGCCUACGACCGCAUCCCCGCCGCCGAGAGCUGGGUGGGGGCCGUGCCCCCCGAGCUGUGGGAGGAGCACGGGGAUUUCUACGCCUCGGCGGCGCGCAUGGCGGGCCAACCGCGGCGGCUGCAGCACCUGGCCCGCUGCGCCGUCCGACGGCACCUGGGCCCCCGCUGCCACGCCGCCGUCCCCAAGCUGGCCCUGCCGCCCCCCCUGCGCCGCUACCUCCAGCUGCCCCUCCAGGGCCUCAUCUCCUGA